UUCAUCUCACAUCCUUUACUAACAACAACAAUGGCGGUGUUUGGAGUCUUUACCCUCACCCCCAUUGUUUUUUCCUACAAAAUUUCCCAUUUGCAAACUCAAAAAUAUAGGAGAUUGAAUUGUGUAGCCACUCAUUUGCAUUUGCCUCCCUCUCCUUCUCCACUACACCUUCCUAUUUUAUCAUCUAACCAGUUGAUGGAGCGGUUGUUGAAUAAGGAGGACUUGAAUGAAGCAGAAGCAGAGGCAUCACUGGAUUUCUUGCUAAAAGAUGGCAGUGAAGCUCUCAUUAGCGCUUUUCUUGUUCUCUUAAGAGCUAAAGGCGAAACCUUUCGAGAAGUUGUAGGGCUGGCAAGAUCAAUGAUCAAAUGUUGCAGAAAGGUUGAAGGCCUGAACGAUUCCGUGGACAUAGUUGGAACGGGGGGCGAUGGUGCCAAUACAGUGAAUAUUUCUACGGGAGCAGCUAUUCUUGCUGCAGCUUCUGGUGCUAAAGUUGCUAAGCAAGGGAAUAGGUCCAGUUCUUCUGCUUGUGGAAGUGCUGAUGUUUUGGAAGCCCUUGGAGUUGCCAUUGAAUUAAAUCCUGAGGGGGUCAAGAAAUGCGUGGAAGAAGUUGGGAUAGGUUUCAUGAUGUCGCCGCACUACCAUCCAGCAAUGAGGAUAGUCACACCUGUGAGGAGGAAGCUUAGAGUGAAGACUAUUUUUAACAUCCUAGGGCCUUUGCUGAACCCUGCUUGGGUACCUUUUGCUGUUGUUGGAGUGUACAAAGAAGAUAUAGUCAGCAGGAUGGCCAAAGCACUACAAAGUUAUGGCAUGGAGAGAGCGUUAGUUGUUCAUUCUGAAGGUUUAGAUGAAAUGAGUCCUCUUGGACCUGGAAUAGUCUUUGAUGUUACACCUGAAAAGAUAGAGAAAUUCUCUUUCGACCCACUUGAUUUUGGUAUACCUCGCUGCACUUUAAGGAACCUUAAAGGGGGAGGGCCGGAGUACAAUGCAGAGGUACUAAGGCGUGUGCUUUCAGGUGAAAGAGGGCCAAUUGCAGAUGCAUUGAUACUGAAUGCUGCAGCAGCACUAUUAGUCAUUGGGCGAGUUGGUAACUUAGGUGAAGGAGUAGCAGUGGCCCGUAAGACACAUCAAUCAGGGAAAGCUCUCAAUACUCUUAACCAUUGGAUUGCUGUUUCGACGGGAUAUUAUAUUACAUUUAUAACAAAAGAGACAUACAAGGAGCGAGAUGUUGCGGAAAUACUCACAGAUCAGUGUUAUUUAUCAUACAUGUGGUGGGUAUUUGUAGAGCCUAGCCUAGGGAGACUCAUAAGCAGUCAUUACAAAAAGAGAUGUUCUGGGAAGCGUUAUAGCAUGUGACACGUCUUGAUUCAGUAGUGUUAGACUGAUCUUUUUCCAGCGGAGUAUUGACAAAAAGAGAGGGUUGCUCCAACACAAAGGAAGGUGAAGUUGUAAGACGACAUCCUUGUUUAGCAAGUACAUUAGCCACAACAUUUUGCUCCCAGUAUGCAUGUUGGAUGGUUGGAUUAGCGGAAGUGCCUGCAAUCAGUGAUGAGAUUAGCAUAUAGUUGAUUGUUCUUAUUUACUAGUAGUGCAAGUACUUGUUUGCAUCAGUAUUGAUAUGUAAAGCUUGAAGCCCAUUCUGUCUGCUAUUCCUAAACCCAUGUAGUAAAGCAUGGAGCGUCUCGAUUGAGUUGGCAUUCAUAAUAAAGCCAUAGAAAUCCGAAACCCAGUUUCCUAAA